UCCGCCAGGCUGCGUGCAGUGCCGUCCAUGUACCACUGGAGGUCAGCAUCGUGCCUCCAUGCUGGUGGAGAAGCCUUGACAUGGUGCUGCAGUUGGCGUGAAAGCAUGCAACAGCCUACGGUGUUCACGGUUGAAGUUUAGUCCUCAGAAGCUGCUCCCUGCUCACUCAAGGGCCAAACUCCUAAAGCACCAGCAUGUGAUGAGAUGAAGAUCAUCUUUAGAGAUCAGAGCAUGGGAAAGAUGGCACUGCAUAAACCCAGGAGGCGCCGUAAGACUCAGAGAUGGAGGGAGAGAGGGAGAAGGUGCUUUAUUUCGGUACAGGAGAUCACCCACCCACCCACAAAAUAACGAAGAGCCUCAUCUCUGACAAACAUCAGCACCUGCCCGGGGGAGCUGGGAUUAUUUUGGUCCCUUCAAAAUGGGGUCAGCAACAGAACAAGGUCUCUGCAGGGGGAGGCAUGUAUAAGACGGCACGCAUCCUGAAUGCACCCAACAAAUCCAGACCACAGGGUCCUCCAGCUACACAGGAACGAAAAGGGACACAAAAGAAGGGUUGGCGAGCCACGCAGAGGACAGGGUCCAGUCCCCGCUCCACCCCCGUCAUGCUUCAGCUCCUCGGCAGCCUGUUUUUUGGAGGACCGCAAGAGGCACCGUCUGACGCCAAGCACCUGAAGGCCCGAGUGCUGGAGGCUGACGAGGAAGGCUGGGUCCUGCUUGGCCUGCCCGAUGGCGCUACAGUGGACAGCAGCCCAACAGAGGAGCUCCUCAUCCAGUGUCCAGAUGCGUCUUCGCCCAGUUCUGCCCUGGAGGACAGUGUGGCUAGUCUGGUCAGCAGCGUGAGGAUGCCAGCAACAGCGUCCUCUGGUGGCCAGAUUGGCACACGGGGCCAGGCAACACAGGGCGUGGCACCUCGACCAGGCUCCCUGACCAAAGUGACCCUGGCUGGCCAGGUCCAGCGGGCCCAGGCACGAGCCAGCUGGGGCAGCCUGGGUCGUAGUCGGCUUCACCGUCAUAACUAUGUCUGCCAGCGGGGCCGCUGGCACACCGCCCACACCCGCAGCAGUGCCCUGCAGCAGCCCUGUCCACGCAACCUUAGCCACUAAGAUGCUACAUUCCAGCGGGAGGAGACAUGCUAUUCCCAUCCACGCUGGUAUUCCACACCUCCAUCAGUGCUGUAGCCCUGCUGCUUUUAGCAUAAAAUCAACCAAUCAUCACGAUGAUCACA